AUGCUAGCCCAGGACGUCGUCUCCUACAACGCGCUGCUUCACGGGUGCGUCAGGGCCGGGCGAGUGGCGAUCGCGCGCGAGGUGUUCCAAGGGAUGUUAGUACGGGACGCCUCAUCGUGGGGCACGUUGGUCGCCGGGCGCGUCAAGGCCAGGCUGCUGGAGGAGGUGGUGGGGCUGUUUGACAGGAUGAGGGACGAAGGGUUCAGGCUCGACAACGUCGCGCUGGAGAAAGGGCAGGAGGUGCACGACUAUGUCAAGCAGAGCAGGCCCCGCCAAACGUGUUCUUGUACACGGGGUUUGUUGAUCUCUACAUCGAGUGUGGGUGUGUCGAGGCUGCUAGGAAGGUGUUCGAGUCGUGCCCCGAGAGGAACUUGUUCACGUGGAAUGCGCUCAUGGCCCAUGGCCGGGCUGGCCAUGCACGGCCAUGGCACGGUGGCGCUGGAGUACUUGGACAGGAUGCUGGCUGAGGGAAUUCAGCCAGAUGGGGUCACUUUCUUGGGAGUGCUGAUCGGUUGCAGCCACACCGGCCUUGUGGGCAUCGCAAGGUGCAUCUUUUGCGACAUGGAGGGCGUGCACAAUGUACCCCGGGAGCUGAAGCACUAUGGGUGCAUGGCUGACCUGCUUGGCUGUGCGGGGAGGUAUACUUGCUGGCUGUAG